GAUCCAUUGACGACCACUGCGUAACCUUGGUAAACUGUGGCGCCUGUCCUCAGCAAUGGCAAAAGACACACCAAUCAUCUUUAUGGACGGAGGGCUCGGCACCUCUCUCGAAGAUAAAUAUGGUCUCAAAUUCUCUCACUCGACGACGCCGCUGUGGUCCUCUCACCCUCUCGUCAGCGACUCCCGCACGCUGCUCGCCUGCCAGCGAGACUUUGGUCAGGUCCCAGUCGACGUGAUCGAGACGGCAACUUACCAGGUCUCUGUACCUGGAUUUGCAGCCACAAGGACCGAGCAAUGGCCAGACGGCGUUGACCUCGCAAGCAUUCCAAAGUUUUUGAAGGAAGCAGUCGACAUUGCGGAGCAGGCCAGAGGAAAGCCGGAUGCAACGGUGGCAUUGAGUCUCGGCCCGUAUGGCUCGACCAUGAUUCCAGGACAGGAGUACAGCGGGUCUUACGACGAUGCGCACAAUGACGAGAAAAAGCUCUGCAGCUGGUGGGCCGAUCGACUAUCCCUCUUCUCAGGCGACGAGAUUGUAGGAAGAGUCUCGUAUGUCGCGUGCGAGACGCUGCCCAGGCUGGACGAGAUCAGUGCGGUCCGGAGAGCAAUAAGCAACUUCACAUCGAAACCUUGCUGGAUUGCCUGCGUGUUCCCGGGCGAAGGCGACCGGUUGCCUGAUGGAAGUAGCAUUGAUCAGAUGGUUGAGGCGAUGCUUGCCCCUGCCGAGUCCAAGGCCCAGCCAUGGGGCAUCGGCAUCAAUUGCACCAAGAUGCAUAAGCUCGAGGACCUGGUCGCCAAAUUCGAGGAUGCUGUCUCGAAGCUUAUCGAGACUGGUCGGGUUGCGGCGUGGCCAGCCCUUGUCCUCUAUCCAGAUGGCACCAAUGGCGAGGUUUAUAACACGACCACGCAGGAGUGGGAGGUUCCUGUUGGCCAAGAGCAAAAGCGGAUCCCAUGGGAGCAGCAACUUGGGCAGAUUGUGCUCGACACGGCUAAAAGGCAGAGAUGGAGCACUAUCCUUGUAGGUGGCUGCUGUAAGGCAAGUCAUAGUGACAUCAGGAGGCUUGUCGAUUAUAUUCGCAGCGCUUGAUAAUCGAAUUCAUACAUAUUCGCAUAC